ACCUCCCUUGCGACGCCAGACAAGCUAUAAGCGCAGAGCAACCUUACGGAGGCGUAACGCAAAAACGAUGUUGCUUCUUCAUCUGUCCCCAAACCGUUCAUCUCUCUGUUCUUCAAUCACAUUUCAUCCAUUCCCACUAAACCUUUCACACUCCUUUCAACUCUCCCUUCAACCUCAACCCUUCUUCUCCCUCACAACAAAACAACAAUCAAACAACCACUUCUUCCGCCGCCGGUGCACUAACUCCGUCGCCACUCUCAAUACCCAAAUUGCGUCCUUCAUUUCUCUCUUUCAACAAAUCGGAAUUGGCUUCGUGGAAACGCAAACGCUCUUCACCAAUAACCCUGACCUCACCUCGCUGCCAUUGGACUCAUUGCGAACUCGCCUUCUAUCUUUGCAUUCUCUAGGGUUCGAUCGUGUCACUCUCUACCAGUUAGUUACAAAGCGCCCAACCGUUCUAACAGAUAAAGAAAUCGACCCGUUGUUAACCUUUCUCAGAGACGAAUUGCAAGGGGAAAUUGAGAAAGAGCAACUGAAUCGUCUUUUCUUUGCUACAGAACCAAGAUUCUUGGUGGGUUUUCCUCAAAAGGUUCAAUUGCUCAUUGACCGUGGAGUUCCCGUUUACAAGGUUGUUCACGUGCUUAACAAAGUCAAUUUGCAAAAGGCCUUGUGUUAUAGGGCAGUUGAUGAAAUUGACAAAAUCAUAGCUUUCUUAGAACCCUUUAGUGGCAUUAGUUUGAUUCUCAAACGCCCUGCGGUUUUGAACUUCGAUUUGGAAAGUCAACUUGUUCCCAGAGUCAACGUUUUGACAGAGCUUAGUGGUGGAGAUGAUGAUAGUGUUGGGAAAGUGCUGCUUAGGUUCCCUGCAUUUUUGAACUAUAGUGUGGAACAUGUGGAGGAACAUGUAGAGUUUCUGAGGUCUUUUGUUGACCUUGGUGACCAAGAAAUUUUUAGGAUCAUACUUGGAUUCCCAGCUAUUGUUACUGCUAGUAGGGAGAGGAAACUGCGUCCUAGGAUACAGUUUCUCAAGGAUUGUGGAUUGGAUUCGGGCGAUAUCUUCAAGUUCUUGAUUAAAGCACCCUUGUUUCUAAGCCAUUCGUUUUACGGGAACAUUGUGCAUAAGCUUGUGCUUUUGGUUAAGAUUGGGUAUAGAUAUAGGACAAGGGACUUGGCAAUGGCAAUGAGGUCUGCUACUAGGACAAACUGUGAGAACUUGCGAAAGGUCAUUGGUUUGUUCUUGAGUUAUGGGCUUACGUGUGAAGAUAUUGUUGCUAUGGCCAAGAAGCAUCCACAGAUACUGCAGUAUAAUAAUGCUUCUUUGGAGAAGAAGAUGAAGUACUUGAUAGAGGAGAUGGAACGUGACAUUGAGGAGUUACUGGUUUUUCCUGCAUUCCUUGGUUACAAGUUUGAUGACAGAAUUAAGCAUAGGUUUGAAGUAAAGAAGAGUACAAGAGGAGGAGGAAUGUCUAUCAAUAAGCUUUUAACUGUUUCCAAUGAGAGAUUCACUGGCAAAUGAAAAAUGGCAUAUGCCAUAGCCGAUCUUGAGAAAAAUAAGUGUUUUCCUUUUGUGUCAGUUUUUCUGCUCCUUGUUUUUCCGUUUUAUUCCUUGUGCUUUGAAGCCUUUCCCAAGAAACAUUGGUGGAAAGAGUAAUAAUACUACUUCCUCAACACUUAAAAUCGCCAUUACUUAGGUGUUGACAGGCAAUUGUGGUCAUUGAGGCAGUCGCGACUAGUGUUUUAGAAGUAAGAUUUUUCUGAUGCAAAGUACCUUAUUUUUAUUGGCAACUGCUGAACAUAUUUGUUCUUUGUGCUGUGGAUGGACAGACCAGUAAUUGAUUUCCUUGUAGCAAUGAAGAUAGUUUUGUUUGGUUGGGAUGGUGCAAUGCUGUUUUGCACAAGUAAACGAAACAAUACAGGAUCCUACAUUCAUGGUUCAAUGGUUCAACUUUUUUUUUUUUUUUUUGGCUUAUAUUCUAUUAACUUUUUAUUUUUAUUUUUGAGAAGUAGUUUCUGACCAAGUCUAAUGAGAUUGUAUGAUUCAUGUUGUUAAAUUUACCUAAUGAGAUAAGACUUUGUUGUUAUCAUAUUAUAUUAACUUAUUAAUGUAUGAAAUAUAAAAUUUAAGAAUGAAGAUUUUGUUCACGUUUUCUUGACUGCAGGAAAUUUCACAGUUAGACAUUGAUUCAUAGUUUGUCGAUUGGUAGAGUGAUAUUUGUUUAUAAAAGACACCUAGGAUUUCAUGUUUCCAAGAGUAUGUUGUUGUCAUUAGAAUUUUGGUUAUUGUGUAUAUGUUUACUGACCGAAAAGUUAUAGUGUGCAUCUUUGGUUCUGUCUCAUUGAGGAAGGCAGGAGAGAAUGGCGUGGUUCUGGAAAUUUUCUGAAAUUGUUUCAAUUGUUUAUGAAAAACUAAGAUUGCAUUUUCUUGUGGGGGGAAAUGUUCAUUUUGCUUUUUUAAGAAAUUAUUACAAUUUAACUUAACAAAAAGAGGAACCAAGUUUUAUUUUGGAAUUUUGCCAAAAUAGGAUUAAAGGAAGGAAAUAUUUCAAACUCACUUCUACAGGGAAAUCCAUUAUAUGUAUUCUCGAUAAUAGCAUUUCGGAAUACGAUUUUUGUAACUUUCUGCAAAUGAUAGAGUGUAAUCAUCCUACUUUUCUAGACAAAAAGAUGGAGUACCUGACAGAAUAGAUAGUCAUUGUAAAAAAGAAUCACUAAUUUUUCCUGCAUAUGAUUACAAGUUCGAUGGUUAGGCCAUCGGCCCGAAUAAUGUACCCAAAAAGGAAAAGUAUUUGGUAAAAGGAAAGUCUCUCAAAGGCAUUGGAUCCUACAGUUGGCUAUCAGGACAAUAUUUCGUAAAUGCAUUUGUUAUUUUGUAUAUGCUUGUUGGUAUACCUAAUGCUCAUUUAUUCGUGCCAUUCACAAAAAACAUAAUGAAAUCCGGACUCUCUCUACCAGGCUAACGUAAUCCUUUUAUCAUGGUAUUUUUAUAACUUUCAGGUUUGCGUCAAAAAUUCUUUGCCAAAUAAAGUAACAUAACCUCAAAUAAGAGUUUUAUUUUAGCAUUUAUAAAUUGUAACAUCACUAAUUCAUAUAAUCUAAAACUAAUGAAUGAUAACUAUAUCUCACCGACUCAAUUCCUAACUUUCCUCUGCCGUGAGCAAAAGCCUUUCAAUUCCCAGCCCUGCCCAAAUGAACAACACUGUGCUAGACAUUAAUCCACUUACCAUAACCAUUCCAUUCCUUGUAAACUCUUAACAUCCGUAACUAGAAAUGUCACAAAUGUUGCAAUAAUUCUCUCAAAUUAUAAGGGUCUUACAGAUCUUCCACCUUAGCAUAUUUAUAGCAUUACAACCAAAUAUGUUUAUUUUAAAUCUAUAUCCAAGACAAAUGUAUAGCAGCAUAACAAGAUCCAUUAAAGACAAUUGUAGCCAUUUUAUUCUAUCACUUGCCACUUAACUAGAAAACCCUUGUUUCAUCGUGAUCCUAUCACUUGCAUUUCUCUUGGCAGUCAACAUUUACCCAAUCAACUCUGCACAGCAGAAAUUAAAAUUUGCUAGACAACAAUUCUAUAAAGGUUUGAAAUUUGAAGAGAAAAAUGAUUAACUUGUUAUGGUAUAAUCUAGAUAACA